AAAAAUCUAAUUUUUUUAACAGUGUAAAACUCGUCAUAUAUUAAUUCAAAAUUGCACGGAGGUUUUCAUUGCAAUAUUGAGGCAACAUAGCCGCAUUAUAUGUGCGAGAAUAAAUAAUAAAUUUAAAAGAAUAGAAGAUAAAAAGUAGUAAUAAAGUAAUUCAGAUAACGCAGCGGAGUUAGAAUGAAGGAAGGUUGCAAGAGCUUGCGCAGAUGUGAUAACAGCCCCUCAGUCCGGAGGGCAGUUAGUUGCUCCUUUGUCGUACCUUCAGCGCUUUUUAACAAAAUUAUUUCAAUCGAGUUUAGCGACACGAACCUCGCGAGUUCAUAGCAUCCCCAAGGAGGCGAAAAGAGAAAUACUUCCUCUUCGACGUUGUCUGGGGUCAGUAUUCGCUAAACUCGUUUUUAGAUAAUGCUUGCAAUUUAGACUAUAGGAGGUCCUUGCUGACAGGAUACUGCCAUAUCGUCGACACCGGUGGCAUUGUAAAGUCUAUUGCCAUUUAUUGAUUUCUAUAAAAUCUUCUUUUUUACAUAUAUUUUUAAGUGCGCGAGAUUAAAAAAUUAUUUAUUUCACUUUUUACUUUCUUCUAAGUGCAUUUAUGACGCUUUAAUUAUAUAUAUUUCGACAAUGGUAACAACAAAAAUUUUUUUUGGUGCUUUACUUCCCCAUAAUCAGCCAGUCCUUUAGUCGAAAACAUGUGGGUGGCGAACUUUCGUGACGUUUAAUCAAUGGAGAAUAUAAGUGGAUUAGAAAUUUUGAAAAUUGUGAAUGCUUAUUAAUAAUGAUCAAUUGACGUCUUCGUUGGAAAUGUGUCAACAUAAUACUGUCUUCCUGAGAGUGUUAGGAGUUUUCAUACUAUUUUUAUUUCAAGAAUCUAAACCUGUAAGUUGGGAAGAAUGGUGGACAUAUGAUGGAAUUUCCGGUCCUGCUUUUUGGGGUCUUAUCAAUCCUGAAUGGUCUCUCUGUAACAAAGGUAGAAGACAGUCUCCUGUAAAUUUGGAGCCGUCUAGACUAUUAUUCGAUCCCAAUCUUCAACCACUUCAUUUGGAUAAACAUCGUGUGAAAGGCAUUCUCACUAACACCGGGCACAGUGUAGUUUUCACUGUGGAUAAUGAAACAAGACAUCCUGUAAAUAUUUCUGGCGGCUCUCUCAGUUAUCGAUACCAAUUUCAUGAAAUUCAUCUACACUAUGGAUUAUAUGACGAAAGUGGAAGUGAGCAUACUGUCGAUGGAUAUGCAUUUCCAGCGGAAAUGCAGAUUUUUGGCUUUAACUCUCAAUUGUACAAUAAUUUUUCGGAAGCCUUGCAUCGAGCUCAAGGCAUAGUAGCAGUAUCCCUCCUGUUACAAGUAGGUGAUCUUUCCAACCCAGGCUUAAGAAUUUUUACUGAGCAACUGGACAAAAUACUCUAUGGAGGAGAAUCUAAGGAUAUUUUGAAUUUUGCGGUGCGAGAACUUUUACCGGACACGAACCAUUACAUGACAUAUGACGGCUCCAUUACUCUGCCGGCUUGUCAUGAAACAACCACAUGGAUCAUAUUAAAUAAACCAAUCUAUAUAACUAAACAACAGCUUCUCGCCUUGAGAAAAUUGAUGCAGGGUGAUAAAAAAAAUCCAAAAGCGCCUCUUGGAAAUAAUUAUAGACCACCACAACCUCUUCAUCAUCGACCUGUUCGAACUAAUAUUAAUUUUAAUGUGCAGGGACCUAAAAAUUGUCCAACCAUGCACAGGGAUUUAUACUACAAAGCAAAUAGUUGGAAAUAAUCAUGAUCAGAAGAAACGAUAUUUCUCUCACUGCAUUACGCUUUCACUUCCAAAAAAGAAGAAAAUAAAUAUUUAACAGAAGAAGGACGUAACAUAUCAAGACGUGCGCUCAACUAGCACGUUACCGUGUGUGGUCAGAAAAUUGCUUCGUAGUAACUAAUUACUCGUGCAUUGCCAAGUAUUUCUCCAGUAAAGAUAUCCCCUAGUUACUUAGAAAAAAGUGACGUAAGAGUAUAUGAAAAAUAUAUAUAUAUAAAUACAUAUGUCGAUAAAUAUUAAAAGCUAUGACUAUCGAAGCUAGCGCGGAAAAUGGAAGUGUGUAUAAAAUACGCAAGAAAUUAAAACGCAUUGGCGAACUAAGAGUUUAUACUAUAUUCUUUUAAUAAAACUUUAUAAAUGUA